UCCUUCGGCCGAGGUAGCCCGUCUAAAGAGAAGGCCUUAAAUCUGAGGGCAAAUUCUUUGCAGCUAACGCCCAAUACUCACCCAACAAAAGCCCAAAAAACAGAAGAAACACCAACGUUCUUCUAGGGUUUGAAUCCCUUCUCUCUUCUAACCCUUAAUCGCCGCCUAGAUUGGUGACAAAUCUGCAGCCAUGUACGGAGGCGAUGAGGUAUCAGCUAUAGUAAUCGACCUGGGGUCGCACACCUGCAAAGCUGGUUACGCCGGCGAAGAUGCGCCCAAAGCUGUGUUUCCUUCUGUUGUCGGAGCAAUUGAUCAAAUGGAAGUGGAUGACCCUGAAAAAACUGAAAAUAAUUCUGGAUCUGCUGUAGAUUCUAAAAACACUGUCAGAACCCUUGAUUCUGAAAAAGUCAAGGGAAAACGCAAAUUGUUUGUUGGAUCUCAAGCCUUAGGUUUUCGCCGGGAUCAUAUGGAGGUGCUGUCACCCAUAAAGGAUGGAGUUGUUCUUGACUGGGAUAUGGUUGACAGCAUAUGGGACCAUGCUUUUAGGGAAUGCCUAUUGAUUGAUCCUAAAGAGCAUCCAAUGCUACUCGCAGAACCAUCUUCCAAUACUCAACAACAAAGAGAAAGGACGGCAGAGCUUAUGUUUGAAAAGUACAAAGUUCCCGCACUAUUUUUGGCCAAGAAUGCUGUUCUCACAUCUUUUGCAUCAGGACGUGCUACCUCAUUAGUUGUUGACUGUGGUGGAGGAUCAACUACAGUUGCACCAGUGCAUGAUGGUUAUGUUCUUCAGAAGGCUGUGGCAUCCUCUGCAAUUGGAGGAGACUAUCUGAGUGAUUGCUUAAUGAAAAGUUUGGAAAGCAAAGGUAUCACGAUAAAACCCAGAUAUUCAUUCAAGAGAAAGGAAACUCGGCCAGGAGAGUUUCAGACAGUAGACAUUGAUUUUCCAAAUACAACAGAAAGCUACAGGCUUUACUCCCAGAGGGUAAUCGCUAGUGAUAUUAAGGAAUGUGUAUGUCGAGCCCCAGAUACUCCAUAUGAUGAAAGUGCUUAUUCAAACAUUCCAAUGACACCAUAUGAGCUACCUGAUGGCCAGACAAUUGAAAUUGGAGCUGACAGAUUCAAGAUUCCUGAUAUUUUAUUUAAUCCAUCCUUGGUUCAGGCAAUUCCUGGUAUGGAUAAUUUUGCGGAGAUUGCUCCUUCAGUUCGUGGUUUGCCACAGAUGGUAAUAGAGAGCAUUAAUAAGUGUGACGUGGAUAUUCGGAGAGAGCUAUUCAGUAGCAUACUGCUUGCUGGUGGCACAGCAUCAAUGCAACAGUUGAAGGAACGCCUUGAGAAAGACUUGCUAGAAGAGUCUCCUCAAGCCGCUAGAGUUAAAGUAUUGGCGAGUGGAAAUGCAACAGAAAGGAGAUUCAGUGUCUGGAUAGGAGGGAGCAUUUUGGCUUCUCUUGGUUCAUUCCAGCAGAUGUGGUUCUCCAGGGCUGAGUAUGAAGAACAUGGGGCUUCUUAUAUUCAAAGAAAAUGCCCUUAAACAUGCCAGAGGCUUUGUACCCUUUGCUUAGGCAUUAACUUCCGGAUCCUUACGUGCUUCAUCACACUUUUAACUUUUUCAGGCCUGUAAAAGCUCAGAAGCCUGUGUCUGAUAUGUAAACUACUCAAAACUGUAGCAUUAGCUUAAUUUGUAGCUCCAUUGCCUUAUUCCCGUAGAUAGAUUAAUGCCCCCCCAUUGGUUCUGAUUUCACAUUGAACAUUGUUUAAAUUAUUGGAAGUUUGCACCAAAGUUGCUACUUCAUCUAGCUAUUAUGCUGUAGUUGUGGACACUAAGAAGACAGUUUAAGAUUAGAAUAAUGCUAUUUAGUAAACUGCUAUACAACCA